CGCGAUCGGUGCGACGGCCUUGCGACACGAGUGAAAGGUCAUUCACAACAACUUGACCACGUUCUAACUCAGUCUCAAUCUGUAGAGACUCGAUUGGGAGAACUUGACGAUCAAAUAGGCCAGCUGAACGACCGAUUUGAUCAAAUAAACGACCAAUUCACUGAGUUGCUACGGGAAUUACAAGGUCAAGGCCGGCCGGAGGUUGGAGUGAAGGUGGUGGAGCGAAUGAUAGAGGUCUUUUUCUAUUGCCUCUGGUCCGAAUUGCAGAUCUAGAGCCUAACUGGCAGAAUGGAGGUCUCCUUUCAGCAGUACGGUUGGACGAGGCCGUGAUUCGACAUGCGGGUCCCAACGACGAUCACGAUCUCCUUCCCUUGUCGUAUGAUCGAAACAAUGCUAUACGGUUUCCACCUCCAGUUCGUGGUCAUGUACAAGACGUCCGCAACGAUGAACCUCGAGGUCGUAAUCAUGAAUUCAUAGAUGCUAACCGUGAAGAAAUGCUUCCUCGAGGUAACUUCCAGUAUCACUUACCUUGUUUGGAUUUUCCAUCAUUCAAUGGCGAUUAUCCACGAGAAUGGGUGAGAAAGUGCGAGAUGCUUUUCGGUUUGUAUAACAUAGCGGAUUGUGAGAAGGUUGACAUUGCAGCCAUUUACUUAGAACGUAGGGCUGAUAUAAGGUUUAAGGGAUGGAUUACUUGUCGUAGGGAGUAUGUUUGGGCAGAAUUUGCGGAUGGUUUGUGUAGAAGGUUUGAGGAUUUUACCAUGGGUGGUUUGGUUGGUGAAUUUAACAAGCUCCGACAGCAGGGCAGUUUACAGGAGUAUCAAGAAAGGUUUGAUGAAUUACGAUCAGCUACAAUCCGGCUUUCACAGAGAUUAUUUCAUCUCAAGCUUCAUUAGUGGUUUGGAAGAAGAACUCAGGCCAGUAGUGACUAUGUUGCAGCCCCAAUCUAUAGCUCAAGCAUAUCAACUAGCUCUAUUAGAAGAGGUGUCGAAUGUAGCUAUGCAGAAGAAGAUGGGAACUCACUGCAAAUCACCGGCUGAUUCUGUUGUUCAUGAUGCGUCAGGACAAAAGAAAUCUGACAGCAGUAGGCCAUCUAAACCACUGCUACCUUCAGCCUCCAACCCCAAUAAGAAUUCGCCAACUGCUAAGAACCAUGGAGCCUGUUACAAAUGUGGUGAAAGGUAUUUCUAUAGGCAUGUUUGUGAUAGGGAUAGGCAGCAAUUGACAAUGAUGCAAGCUGUUGAUGCUGUGGAGACACCAGACCCUUGGCCUGAUGACGAUGAUGACAUAAUUGAAGUAGAUGCACAGGGGAAGAUGGGGGGUUUCUAUGCAAGCAAUGGGCAACGGCGGUGCUGCCAACUCUCUAUUGGUGAAGGGCACAGUGGGUGAAUUUAGGUUGUUGGUUUUGGUUGACACGGGAAGCACUCACACCUUCCUCAGUGAAAGGAAAGCUCAGGAAAUUCAAUGUGUCAUGUAGGGUGCUGUCCCAUUGCGUGUCAAGCUAGCAGAUGGUGGUAUUCUUCUUAGUGACUCUGUUUGUAAGGGGUUUAAGUGGCGAAUGCAAGGCCACCACUAUGUGUAUGAUGUUCGAAUUCUGAAUUUGGGUAGUAAUGACUUGGUUCUGGGAAUGGAUUGGCUAAGAACCAUUAGUCCAGUUCAGUUUGACUUCAUCAAGUUACAGAUGGAGUUUUUUGUGGAUGGACAACAAAUUGUUCUUAAGGGCUUACAAGACGUAGGGAGUUGCAAGUCCAUGGCUGGCAAGGAACUGUCGCAUUCAUUCAUAAAGAAGAUUCAAACAUGUGUUGGCCAUCUCAUUAGUAUCAAUGCAGAGCCACUUCCUUUUUAUUGUUCCUGUGCAUUGACUAUGGAAGGAAUGAGGAAUGGUACACCAAUGCUGCUUGCUGAUGGUUCUAUGAUUACUCCGCUGUCCAGUUGUUGUGUUUUAGGUGUGUGUUCUAAGCCUGUUUGCUAUGGACAGGGGAAGUCGUUUUGGACGAGUUAUCAUUCCAACUACAAAGAGCCAUACAAGGAUCCAACAGUAGUAGGCAAGGCAAGAAUGGCAGUACGUGCAACAAUGGAUGUCUUUGGUACUAUGGAGAUGGUGUGGACUUCUUGCUGAAAAUUGAGGGCAUUUGUUGUGGUUACUUGUUGUGUGUGGUGCUGGGUUUCUGUAUUGGCUUAUUGAGUUCUCUUUUGUAUAAUUGUUUUACUGUAAUUUUCUCUUGGUUUGCUCUCUUGGUUAAGACUUGAGGACAAAUCCAUUUUCAUGAGGGGAGUAGUUGAAACAACUAGAACUUAUAUGCACAACAGUGUAAUAUAGGGAGUGGAAUGUAAUUGUGCAGUGGUAUAAAUAUUGAGUGUCUUC